AGUUCCGACGGAACAACACAGGAAGGGUGUCCAGAGAAAUCAGAUUUGUAUUAAUAAAUGGAUAAAGGCCAGAUCAAACAGUCCGUAGUUGUACGAAGACAAACUAAUUCACUAGAGGUGCAAAAACAGUUGGUUUAUUGACAGCACCUGAGCAAAAAGACAUGAGGGGAACAGAGGGUGAUGGGCAUGACCGUUCCCAUACUGGUGGAAGGGAUCCUCAGCAUGACAGAAACUACCCCAGGAGUAAAAGAAGACAGGAUGAUCGAGAUAGGAGAGAGCAGCACUACCGGCAGGACAGAGACCCUGGCUAUAAUGGGAGGAACAAAGAGAUGGACAGCCGCUCUCACCAGAGCCCAUCUGACUACAGAGACCCCCACAGCCAGGAGGCAAGGCAACCUAGGCAAGGCAGUCUAGAAAUGUACACUGAGGCCUCCCCAUCCCCCACUGAGAUGGACCAAUAUGAACCACAGCCAAGACAAGCACUGUACAACCUCAGAUACCUUCUCACAGCAAGAGGGCUGUGCCAGGUUAUGGAGGUCCUUCUAAACAUGCUGAUAGUCAUCUGUGCUGGGGUGUCCUACAGUUCAUCUGGGGGCUACCGGGAUCUGGCCAGUCUUGGGGGGAUUUACGCCUACUAUUUUGGUGGAGCCAGUGCUUUCACAGGUGCAGAGGCAGAUCGUGUGAAAGAACUGGAUGCCCAGUUCUACCAGCUGAAGCUUCCCCCCUACAUCUUCAGCAUGGCGUGUGGUGGGGCACUGAUGGGCUAUGCCUGCGCUAUGCUUGUCCUGGGUGUGCUGCGUGUGCCCUUCCGCUGGCCUAUAGUGUUGCUGGUGGAGGCCGUGGUGGAUGGCCUGAUUGGCCUUGGCUACAUCCCUGCCCUGGCUUUCUACUUCAUCAAGCUUCAGGAGAAUUACAACAGUGCCAUUUGCAAGGAGAGGGAGCAGAUGUACCAAAGCAAAGGGCACCAGGGCUUUGAGUGUAAACUCCAUGGAGCAGACAUCGGUGGAGGGCUGUUCGGCGUACUGGGGAUCAUUGCUUUUCCCUUCAGCGCAGUGUUGGCCAUCCGGGCAUUCCGGACUGUACGGGAAAGGAAGAGGCGCAAAGCCCAGCGGGACCCGUAAUUUUUUACCUGGAUCCUUCUCCAGCUUUAUGGCGUUAUCAUUUAAUGGAAUCCUUUUGUUUAAUGGAAUCUAUUUUUAUUGGUAUCCUGCCAUUUAAUGAAUUUCAUUGUUACUGGUAUCCAUCUCUUACUUUUUGAAGUUGGUAGAACUGCAUAGAAGCCAAAGUGAUGGAUUUCAAACAAAUUUCCAAUAGGAGAUGGGACCAGCAUGUAAUCUGGUAACAUGUACUUCACAUAUUUGAACUGAAUAUAAGGCCAAUAAGGACAGCUGAAGGAAAUAGUUUGUUUACUGCAGUUUUGUUUACUACUAUGUGACAGAGGGACUGUAAUAUACUUGUUUUUAACUUUAUUACUGAUUUUUAACUUUCUGUACAAAUAGAUGGCCUCAGUCAGUCAAAGGUCACUGAACAUACAGUGUACUUAUCCUGACAUUGCAAAGACCAUUUUAAAUCUUUUAACAUUGUAAAACAUUUUAUAACCAUUUAU